AUGAGCUCCGCUCAACUGGAAUCUGUCCGUGAAAUGUGGAGCGUCUCGGUACCUGAGAUGGCAUUCGAGUAUGAACCGCUUCUUCACACUUUGCUCGCGCUUGGCGCAGCACAUCGUGCAACAUUGCUCCCUGGGGAAGCCCCCUCUCUCCGACCUGUUCAUCAUGGGUACAUUGACUCUGCUCUCAAAGGGCAUCGCCCCGUGACGGCAAGACUUGAUGGCAAUACGAGCGAAUCAGUUUGUCUGAAUGCUGUCUUGAUAUCUCUAUAUACCUUAUUUCUACGGUCGGAAGGCACCCCUAAGCCUUAUGAGCCCCCAAUUCUAUGGCUGUCAAUGGCACGUGGCAUUCGAACAGUCAUGAAGACUGUUUAUCACCAAUUAAUGGCAUCAGAUUCUCGCUUAUGUCCAUUACUUGUUGCACAACCGACAAUCUGGAAUCGAGACUACAGUGACUCCAAUAUUCCUGCCAAGCCCUUCCGCUAUCUUCUGGAUUAUCACCGGGAAGAGAUGACAGAUACGGUUGAGAAUGUUUAUCGCGGAACUAUCGCUUACCUUGAGCGCUUGUAUCUUGCUGUUCAAGAUCAACAGCCAGAGUAUGUCAUACGGAAGAUAUUUAACGGGUUUCCACCGGUCGUGCCAAAAUUAUUUCUUGAUUAUGUUGGUGAGAAUCGACCGCGAGCUCUUGCGAUAUUAGCACAUCUAUUCGCGCUAGCUAAAGGUGUGGAGAAUAUCUGGUGGCUGCGCGGUAUUCCAGAAAAGGAAGUACGAGGGAUUGACAGUAUCAUGCCUGCUGAUUGGAAGUGGGCUUUGGCUUGGCCGCUCAGAACGAUUGCAGUGGGAAAUUCUGCGAAUGAAGCAUCGUCUCCUUUGACAAUGCGGAGUGUUGUCGAUAUGUUAUCUUAA